ACAAAACCAAGAGUUCAGCAUUUAAAAAGAAGAUUUCCCUGCUUUACCAGGAUUUUAAGGUGGUAAUCCUGAUUAUGGAAUGGAUUUGCACCAAAAAGAACAACUUCAUGACAAUCCCAUGUUAAUGAUGCAAUCUCAGCACUUCUCUAUGGGGAGGCCUGCGGGAUUCAACUUGGGUGGAUCCUAUUCUUCUCAUCGCCCACAGCAGCAGCAGCAACAGCAACAUGCUCCAUCAGCCAGUGGCAGUGGCGUCUCCUUUUCACCUGUAAACAACCAAGAUCUUCUCCAUUUACAUGGCUCUGAUAUUUUCCCAUCUUCACAUUCGAGCUACCACUCGCAGGUGUGGUAGUCUGGUGCUGUAAAUGGUUUCUAGAA